AUGGCCAACGAUAGUGCCGAUGACAUUAAUGCCAUCCAGUAUGCCCAUUCCUUUUCAAUACAAUCUUUUGAGAAUCGUGAGAAGUUGGCCGAGAAGAAGAGGGAGGUCUCCUCUCUUCAAAAGACUAAUAAGAACUUGCAGUCAAAGAUGAAGACCCUGGAAGAUCAGGCUGAGGAUGCUAUCAAGGCUCAACAUGACGCCGAAGAGAAAACAGGUGCUGCUGAGGCGAUAAACAAAAUUCUCCAAGCCCAGAUGAAAGAGGCCAAGGACAAGAUGGCCGCGGCCCAAAGGGAGCUUCAAGACGCCCUGGCCACCAAAGAGGCCGAGGUCAAGGCCGUCGACGAGAAGGGCUACAACGAAGGGGUGGCCGAUGUCACGGCGGACUACGAAAAGCAGCUUGAAGUUCCCAAGGACUCGCCCCUUAAGAACGCCGACGACAUUCCUCUUCCAUUUCCUCCAACUCCAACUCAAUCUGAUAACGACUCUGAAUCUGAGGAGGAAGUUUUGAAUGAGGAAGUCCCCAAGGAUGCCACUCCAGAAAAGGCGUCAUCGGACACACCUCCUGCCGACAAGAGCAUAGAUGUGACCCUUCAAGAAAUUGAUGCUGAACUUGCGACCGAGAAGGUUACCGAGAUGGUUACCGAGAUGUCUUCUCAGCAGUCCUCCGAGGUCCAAACCCAGCCUGCUGCUGAAGACUCUUGA